GCAGCCCAGUCGGUCCGCUGCGCAGAGGACGGAGACGCUGGGAGUGAACUGUGUAAUGGCGGCCGCGUUGUUGCUGUCGGCGGACGGUCCCGGAUCCACCUUUACGGUGGGCGGCGGGGGUGCGGCGGGAGCCCCCGGUAACGGGUUAGGGGCAGCCGCCGGGCCCGCCUCCUGGAACCGCUCCCUGGAUCGGGCGCUGGAGGAGGCGGCGGCCAACGGCUGCCUGAACCUGAGCGGCAGGAAGCUGAAGGAAUUCCCGAGGAGCGCGGUCAACCACGACCUGACGGAUACGACUCGCGCCGACUUGUCCCGCAACCGGCUGCCGGAGCUCCCAGUGGAGGUGUGUACCUUCGUGUCCCUCGAAAGCCUGAACCUGCACCAGAACUGCCUGCGCUCUCUGCCCGAGGGCCUGGUACACCUGCAGGCACUGACGUACCUCAAUAUCAGCCGGAACCAGCUGUCCACCCUGCCAGCUCCAGUCUGCAGUCUCCCUCUCAAGGUCCUCAUUGCCUGCAACAACAAGCUGCUGUCUCUGCCUGAGGAGAUUGGCCAGCUGCGGCAACUAACGGAACUGGAUGUGAGCUGUAAUGAGAUUCAGGUGCUGCCACCCCAGGUUGGCCAGCUGGAGGCGCUGCGCGACCUCAACAUCCGCAGGAACAACCUGGUCCGGCUACCUCCAGAGCUCGCAGAGUUGCCGCUGGUACGUCUAGACUUCUCGUGUAACAAGGUGACAUCGAUCCCUGUGUGUUACCGCAAUCUGCGACACCUUCAGAGCAUCGUGCUGGACAACAAUCCGCUGCAGAGCCCACCUGCACAGAUCUGUAUUAAGGGCAAGAUCCACAUCUUCAAGUACCUGAACAUGGAGGCCUGCAAGACAGCAGCAUCUGACUUGCCAGACUUUGACAGGAGAGCACUGGCCUUCGGAUCCUGUGUUGAGGAGCUGUACCCUGGACGACCAUAUGGGGCGCUGGACUCUGGCUUUAAUAGUGUGGACAGUGGGGAUAAGCGGUGGUCUGGUAACGAGCCCACAGAGGAGCUGGUGGACCUCCCACUGCGGGUGGCCGAGAUCACGAAGCAGCAGCGACAGCGAAGGGAGAAGGAGAGGGAGGAGGGUCGCCCAGGGGCUCUCAAUGGCACGUUGGAAGCAGAGCUUGAGCAGAUCGAUUACAUUGACAGCUGCACCGGGGAGGAGGAGGAGGAGCCACGACGCAGAGGGGCGGAGUCAGUCAGCCUGAGCUCCCAGUUUAUGGCCUACAUUGAGCGACGCAUUGGCAGGGAGGGUUCACCAGCCAAAUCCAGUUUCUCCCGGGAAGGACGGACAGAAGAGUCACGUCGACACAGUGCUCUCCAAAGCAGGAACGUGUUAGAUGGUGUGAGUUCACCUCAGUCUCCCUCUGCUGCUGCUCACGGACAGCUCUGUGCGGACGAGCCUGUGGGGUCGGGGAGUGCCGUUGAGAGCAUGAGGAGGGAGGCGCAACUGGCAGCCCAGCGCUAUGAGGAGGAGCGACAGAGAGUGCGUGUGCAGAGGGAGGUCGUCUCCACCUGCACCAAGCACAAAGCAGCUCAGAGUCCUACGAAAUUGAGUCCAACAGAUAGCGAGAACACGUGUCCUUCCCGACGUUCCACUCACACGGAUGACUCCGCCCUCUUCAUGCCGGACCACUGGCCCCGGCUUGUCUUUGAGAUAGACACUGACACCAACACUAUAAAGCGGAGGCCAGGUUCUCACAAGCAGGCUGCUGAACUCCCUGGCGCCACUCUGUGUCUAUCCCAGCUGGGUGAGGAGCGCUCUCCCCUCUCCCCAACAGCCCUCCAAUCACCUUCCUACCCUGGCCCUGCUGCCCCAACCUCCUGCCGGGGCACCGCCCCUCGACCUGAAAGCUUCUUAUUUCGCCUAAGCCAGAGAGAGGAGAGGAAGAGAGAGUGUGGCACCUCACAGACCAAAGCUGAAGAAACCCACCUCUCUGAGCCCCAGAGCCCUGUGGGAGCAGAGUUGGAGCUGGUGGAGCAGCUGCGCAAGAAUAUCGAGUCGCGGCUAAAGGUGUCUCUGCCCAGUGACUUGGGUGCAGCUCUGACAGACGGAGUUGUGCUCUGCCACCUGGCCAAUCACGUGCGACCGCGAUCCGUGCCCAGCAUUCACGUUCCGUCGCCUGCUGUGCCCAAGCUGACCAUGGCCAAGUGUCGGCGAAACGUGGAGAACUUCCUGGAGGCAUGUCGCAAAAUGGGCGUUCCGCAGGAGUGCUUGUGUUCUGUGACAGAAGUUGUGGGGGCAGAGGGAAUGCGUGUUUAUAGGACCAUGGAGGCCUUACUCUCCCUGGCUCCGCCCCUUGUGCCCCCAACCUCCAACCACCUUGCUGGAUUUGCCCUCUUCUACCUUUCUGUUAUGUCUUUGCUCUGUGCUCUCUACUGCCACCUGGUGCCCUGCCUAUGAGCUGCUUGUGCAAAACCAGUCCCCCCUCAAAACCACCACCUUCCCCCAGUUUCCUGCUGUAUGGGACGUGUGUGUUAAGCUCCGCCCCUAAGGGAUAUUCAGGGCUGUGAGGAAGUCAGAGUUUAUGGUGGAAAACAGUUUGCCUUAAAGGGAGCAGUUCGGCUGCAUGAGCUCAUCUUUGGUGUGAGUGAAAGGAUGGUGCGGCGAUCUCUGACGGCAGUCCUCCUCUGUUGUUAGUCACUACACCCGAGAGCCAUGGGAGAUUUCCCGGCCCCCAGUGGGGCCCUUUCUGUGCCUUACCACAGCUGCACCGUACACAUGGCACACGUGGACCAGCUGUGAACCUAAAGCCGAGCCAUGCCACAUAGACAAGCACACUCCGACCCUGCUCGGUCACCUGAGCAAGCGUAUUGACAUCAGCACCUACCUGACGGAGCACCCAAACAGGUGCCACCCACCCACACACACGCAGCGGAUGAUCCUUUCUGGGUGUUUUCCGACCAUGUUUCCAUUGUGUGAAAGGACCUGAACGUUAAUGGACACGAAGCCUGUGUCCAUCCUAAAUUAGAACUUGACAUGCUGUAGAGUGUGAGAAGAGCAUGUGAGACACAUAGACGGAGGGCUGGGAUGAGGCAAGAUGGGAGGGGCAGGGAGAACAUACAGAGGAACAGAUGAACACAGAAAGACAGGCAGGGUGAACGACAACUACCCCACACAGAGCAGAAUGACUUCUAUUCCCUCUCAAACCUUCUCUCCAUGUGUGUGUGUCAUCCAUCUUUCUGGAGUAACACUGAUCUGAAUGAGCUUGUUCUUUGGUAAUAAAGACAAAACCUUGUUCUGUCCUGACGGCUGUUCCUUGGGUUUGUCUCUUCGACUCCCCCAUGUUCCCAACCUGCCGCGAGAAUCAUGCACACGUCCACAGGGACACGUGCACCAUAAAAACUGGACACACGUGUGGCUAGGGCUCGCACAGUACACACAUUACUGAUAGGGUGGGCUGUUUGCUGCUGUUCCUCUCUGUUCCUUCUAGUUGGCUCACAGCGAGCUUCUUUCUUUUCUUCCGUUCACACCACCUCUGUG